AUGGUUCUCCGACGUAGUAGGUCGUCGUCCUCGAACGUCCGAUACGUCGAGUCCGACGAUGACGACGACGACGACGACGCUUUUGCGCCUUCUUCUGCGACGAAAGCGCCGGGCAAAGGAGCGCAUCCCAAGGCGUCGUCGACUGGCGCGAAGGGCAAGGUCAAGUCGCGUCGCGCUAUGGACGACGAUGACAGUGAUUUUGUCAUUGAGGGUGUCGACGCGGAGGAACAGGAUGAUGAUGAUUUCAUGAUGGAUGAGGAUCUGCGGGAUGACGAGGAGGGGGAUGGAGCGUCGAGCGUCGAAGAGGACUUUCAGGAGGAUGAUCUGGUCGUCGUCGAGGUGAGUUGCCGUCGAAUUCACGCGACAGAAGGGGUUAUUGCACGCCCGGGAAAACUCCUUGAAGAGGAAUUGAUGGCUGAUCUCUCGUGCGUUUGCUCUAACACAGAAGGGUGCAAGAGGAUCGAAAGCGGCUGGCGGUCGCAAGGGUGCCAGCGGCAAGACGUCGCAAAACGUUUACUCUCGCGGCAAGUCGGCACUCAAAGGCGAGGACGGCACCAAAGGCGCUUCGCUCGACGAGUCAUUGCCGCCGAUGAGCGACUUGAGCGAAAUCUUCUCCGACCUCGUCGGCAAGGUCAAGGAUGAGCUUGGUCAAGUCUGCGAUCAGCUCGGCAAUCGCAAGCUUCGCGUCGGAACCAUGUGCAGGUUCGUACGACUUGUGGGGCGCAGAAGGGUAGCAUAAUCGCGAUCGGAUGUUGCCCCAAAGUACAUCAUCUUCUCGAUCGGAAAAGUAUACUGAUAAAUCCCACUGUGUUCUUUCCAUAGUGGUACUGAAAGUCCCCUGCUUGCUCUUGGCCUGAUUUCCGAGUCACUCGAAGAAUUGACCGGUCGCAAACUUCAAGUCGAGCACAUCUUCUCCUGCGAGAUCGAGCCGUUCAAACAGGUCAGUCCAAUGGCUUUCGGAAUGAAAGCGCGGGAACACGAUGCUGAUACCAAACCGAGCAGGCCUACAUCGAGCGCAACUUUUCGCCGCCCUUGCUGUUCCGAGACGUGACCGAGCUAGGCGGAGAACAAGCCAAGACGGCCUACGGAAGUAUCGCCGACAUCCCGGGCCACAUCGACAUGCUCGUCGCCGGCACGUCAUGCGUCGACUACUCGCCGCUGAACACGAAGCAAAAGACGAUCGACGACCAAGGCGAGUCCGGACGCACGUUUUUUGGCAUGCUUGAUUACGUCGAGAAGCAUCAGCCGCCGAUCGUCAUCCUCGAGAACGUCUCCAACGCGCCGUGGGACGAGGUCGUAAAAAAGUUCCACAGUAUCAAGUACCAUGCCGUUUAUGUCCGACUUGACACGAAGCAUUACUACAUUCCUCAUACUCGCUCUCGUGCGUACCUCAUCGCCGUGCCCAGGUCCUCUGGGGUCGACGUCGUGGAGAAGUGGGCGACGAUGAUGAAGAAGUUUGUGCGACCAUGCUCGUCGCCGCUCGAGGCGUUCUUGUUGCCAACCGAUGAUCCUCGCAUCCAUCGAGCGAGGCAGGAUCUGUCCAAGAUCGCCAUGACCAAAGAUGGUGUCAAACGAGCCCCGACGGAUUGGAUUCGCUGCGAGGGUCGCCAUGCCCAGGCACGAGAGCAAGAGUUCCUCGGCCUGCAGCGUCCUCUGACGGCAUGGAAGGACAACGGCGGUGCACCAACGAUGCCCGAUGGCGCAUGGAAUGACUGGGCCUCGGCGCAAACGGAACGUGUGUGGGAUCUGAUGGACAUCUCGUACAUGCGGCUGGCGCUCGAGAACACCGACGUAUCGUACAAGUCGGCGCUGUGGAACCUGUCGCAGAACGUCGAUCGGCAAACGUCGAAUCCCAUCCUCGGCAUCUCAUCAUGCUUGACGCCCAACAUGAUCGCCUACCUCGCGAGUCGCGGCGGACCCAUUAUCGGUCUUGAAGCGUUGGCCUUGCAGGGCUUGCCCAUCAACAAAUUGCUGCUGACCCGCGAGAACACGGAUCAGCUCGCCGAUCUGGCCGGCAACGCCAUGUCGUCCACUGUCGUCGGCUCGGCAAUCCUAGCCGCGUUAUUGGUCGCUCGCAAGACACUCGGUUCGAAUCAUCCCGAGUCCAACGGAGACGCGCCCGCCGGGGAGGAAACGAAACGGGUUAAAUCGGUCGAUAUUGAGGGGCGCAUCCGCGGUGAGGAGCGCCUUCUGCCUCACCCCGUCGAUCUCGCGGCCUUCAAUCCCCUGACCGACGGCUUCCUCGAAAGGGCCGCGCAAACGGCGCGCAAGUGUCUCUGCGAGGGCCGCACGAGCAACACGCCCGAUGACGUCGCCAUCAUGGUGUGCGACGCUUGUGGGCACUCAACCUGUGCGAAGCAUGUCGCUCGACCUGAUCAUCGCUACCGGGUCGAGACGGGGAAGCGCGCCAGUCCCGACUCGUUCAUUGCCGAGCUCAAGGGAUUGUUGCCCAUGCGCUUUACCCUCGCUGGCUUUGAUCUCAAGUCUCUGCAAGACAGAGUCGCCGACCUUCUGGCAGGGGGUGUUCCUCUCGAAGAGUCGCAGUCGGCUUACUACGAGCGCAUCGCCGCGGCCAUCGAUGGGGUCGAGUUCCACUUUUCCGAGUUCGUUCGUCGUCGAGAAUGGUUCGUCACGUUCGCUGCCGAGGAUGCAACGCUGGAAUUGCACAUCUCUGCGCAUGGCUGCGAAUGGCUACUCCGCGUUGCCUGCGAGCGCACGCUGGCCGUCAACGAUCCGUUGCGCAAAUUACUCGAGGUGCCGAUUGCGCGGAACCAAGUCUCCCCCACGGCACAGAACCUACUGGAUGGUCAGUGGGAACUCGCAGCUGUGAUCGAUGGAGCUGGAAAGGGGAAGCAGGCCUUCAGCAUCGACAUCGAGGUCGUAGGCGACAUGGUCCCUUCCUGGCGAGCGCGCAUGGGACUCGUCGACUUCCUUGGCGAGAAGAACCAGGACGGAGUCGAGAUUGCACCCUCGGAGAAGAGACCCCAUCGCAUGCGGGUCAAGAUGUCAGACACCAUCACUCCAUUGGUAGACCGAUCGCUCGACGGUCUCUACGAACUCGAGGCCGAGUGUGGCACGGCAUGCCAGUCCUUGUAUCGUCGCAUCGAGCCCAUCGAGUCGAAGCCAUUGUACUUCUUCUUCGACCCGACGCGUUUCGGAACGGCCGACAUUGAUUGCUUCGUGUUUUCCGACGAUUGCGAACGGCUCGAAUACGGCGAGCACCGCAACAAGCUCGCCACGCUCGCGCCUUCGUGGCGCUUGCCUGGCACGUUCCCUACGGUUUCUCAACAAUCACAGAUCCGAGUGGCCAAAGCUGAAGCCCUCGCGAGUUCUGGAACCAUCGCCGUCUCGCUUCCGACUAUGUGGACACCUCUGCCUGGAUCCCACAUCGUUCACGAGAAGAUAGACCGUGCAGAUGCGACCUUUUCGACUUUGUCGACGACAUUCGAGUUGACCGCCGAUGCGGUGGCGUGCUCGUUCGCUGACAAUCUUCUGGUCGCCCGAGUCGAGCAAGCACCGCCGGCGAGGAAGCUCAAAUGGGCAACGGAAGAGUGGCACGAGGUCGAUCUGCACCAUGAGGGACCCGAGGUGUUCUCCAAGAUCUCGUGGAUGCUCACCAAGAUCCCGGCAUGGGAUGCCCUGCGAGAGUGGCAACACAUUGCCGGAGAGGUGAGCUCAGGUUGCAACUCACGGGAUUGUUGUCUGCGCAGUCGGUGAUUGACAAGUUCUUACACCACCUACAGCUCGAAAUGGACUGCCAAGCCUGCUGCCCUCCAGCUCCCAUGAUUCAUUGGGUCAAGCGCUCCGAGCAAAAGGCCAAGAUGCUUCAAGUGUCGAUCGUCGCAGUCGAGGACGGUCAACAAGCGGCCCAGUUCGAGCGAGCCCUCAAGGCGAGACCCUCGCCUUUGCUCGUCCACACUCGUCAGACAGCAACGCAUUUCGAGUUCCGCAUCGGACUCAACGCCGCCACGCUCGCGCAUCGUGCUCUCGGGACUUUGCCCGUCAAUCGCUUGCAUACCUACGAGAUGAGCGAGCCGACCGUAAUUUGGCGUCUAAAGUCGUCGAACGGCGUCGAGCUCGGCUACGGCAAAGACGGCGAGCCGACCGAGUUCUCUAUCCCUUCCAACGACGCUGACGUGAUGGCCGAUCAACCCCCUCAUUUUAAGGUCUUCCAACUCCGCAACGAGCAACGUCGAUCUUUGCAAUGGAUGAUCGAGCAAGAGGCCAACCCUCGUCCCUGGGUCGAGGAAGAAGUUGCCGAAGCGAUCCUGCCCCAACUUGGCUGGCAGGCCGAGGCCAAGGCUUCGCGCGAAGUGACGGUCCGAGGUGGUGUCUUGGCCGACGCGGUUGGCUACGGCAAGACGGCCAUCACGAUCGCCUUGAUAUCCGCUCGUUUAGGACAGACUGAGCUGCCGGUCGAAACGGAUCGAAUUGCCGUCAAGGCGACGCUCAUCGUCGUUCCUGCUCAUUUGACCUCUCAAUGGCCGUCCGAGAUUGAAAAGUUCACCCAGGGCGCCAACCAAAACUUCGAGCUGCUCACCGUGAAGGAUCUCAAUGAUCUGCGCCGCAAGACGAUCGAAGACUUCCGCAAAGCCGACAUCAUUCUCGUCGCCGAGACCGUGUUCAACUCUCCUCUCUACUGGCCUCAGCUGUGAGUGACGAUCACCGGAGAAGGUUGCUAAACUCAUCUUGGAUCACUGAUGCCGUCUUGGGUCGCGAAUUCAGUGGGGACUGGAGUGCCAGUGAACGAGGCGUCAAAUACGACAAGAACGCAGGUCGAUACUUCCGCACCUGCGUCAACCAAACCGUCGCUGCUCUGCCCGCCCAAGUCGAAAAGUUGCUCAAUAACGACGCCAAGGGCGUCUUCGACUCCAUCAAAGCCGCGCGGAAGGCACGUGACCAGAUCAAGGAUCUCGUCGAUGAGCCUUCGAAGCGUCUAAAAGGACAGGCCGCUAUCUUUGCCAAAGAAGCGGCCGAGUUCCUCGAAAAGCGGGAUGGCAAGAAGCCUGAGGCUAAGCAGGAGCUCAAAGUCAAGAAAGAUCUGGAGAAGAAGGUCGAAGCCGAUCCGUGGAACCUUGGCUCGAAGGACACGCAGAAAGAUUGGGAACAGAUGACUUCGCCUCCGUUGUCAAUCUUUUCGUAUGAGCGUAUCGUCAUUGAUGAGUUCACUUACACUGACGGGCCUCAGCUCGCUGCCGUUCAUGCGAUCCGUGCUCGAUCGCGAUGGAUCCUGUCGGGGACACCUCCGUUGGAGACUUUUGCUCAGGUCAAGACGUCAGUACAUUUGCCCGGCUCUCGCCUCAGUAUGUCCUUACUUACGUGCUACUUGUUUGCUCUACCACAGCAUCGCCAACCUCCUCCACGUUCAUCUCGGAGUCGACGACGAAAGCGAGUUCCAAGGCGGAUCCAACGGCGCGCGAUACAAGGAAAAAACCGCGGCCGAACAAUUCCAUUCCUUCCGAGACGUGCACACUGUCGGGUGGCACAAGAAUCGUGAUCGGAUCGCGCAGAAAUUCCUCGAUCAAUUCGCUCGUCAGAAUUGGGCCGACACAACAACGAUCUCGUAUUCGGAUAGCAUUAAGAUGAUUGACUUGCCGGCGGCGGAGAUGGCUAUCUACCGAGAACUCGAGCAUCAUUUGCUCGCUUUGUCGAACGAUCUGUAAGGCAUUGAUUGCUCCUGAUCUCGGUCGUUCGUGGAUGAAGGCACUAACUCCCGGUGCGACUUGCUCGAUGCAGUGGCAAGAUCCAGCGUAUCAAGAAGGAGAAGCGUGGUGAUCGAGAAGUUCGCUUGUCGGAGGCACUCGGCAACAGCAAAUCGCCUGAAGAAGUGAGCUGUCCCCGUCAACUCCGAGCCAUUGCUCGGUGCGCUUUUUUGACUCAGAGUUAUCUUACCGAACCAGGCCUUACUCAAGCGCUGCUCGCAUUUCUCAAUGGACAUCGAGGAAUACGACGACUCCGUCAAACACAUUGGUGCACUACACGUCUGCGAGCGAAUUCUGGCCAAACGUGUCGCCCAACUCACGUCGUGCGAGGACCAGUUCUUGCAACUCGUCAAUACCUGUGCGGCACAACAACGUUGGCUUGACAAGCAUGGGUAUUAUAAGGGUUCUUUCGGCACCAAGGGGUCAGAGCCUCAGCACUUCAAGAUGUUCCUCCAGACGGUGAACAGAAAUGAUACAUCGAAGUAUUAGCUUUGUGAAACUCUGCUGACAUGUCGUUUGUUUGUCGUUUGUACCAGGUCUUUGGCAAAUCCCAAGACGAGGAAGGCUCCGAAGCCAUCAAGACCUUCUGCAAAAUGGUUGGCUGUUCCGAGUCCGGCGAGAUCAGCAAAAUCGCCCCCGAAGGAGCUCCUGAACCAACGGACAUGGGUGCCUUCCUCACCAAGAACGGUCAAACAUGGGACGAUGAGAAGAACCGUGCUAUCGCAGGCAAAAAGAUUCCCGAGGAGGAUUACCGCAAGUCAAAGACCUGGAUCUUACGUCAGAACGUCUCGGCUGUCGAACGUCUGCGAAAGGAAGUCAUCGGACGCUAUCGCUCGCGUCGCUACUUUCAAUGUGUGCGGAACGUUCAGCGCUCCAAAGACAACUCGUACGAAGGAAUCACCUUGCUUUCGUGCUGUGGUCAUUCGGGCCCGAGCGACGAAAUUGAACGUCUCGUCAUCAAUCAAGCUCAACCGCAGUGCAUCGAACCUAAAUGCGAUGCUCGCGUAAGCAGGAACAACUUCGUUCGUGCCGAAACCCUCGGCGUCGAUCGCUCAAGCGGGACCUUCGGAGUCAAGCUCGAGACGUUGGUCAGGCUCAUCUUGGAGAAGGUGGCCCAGGACGAUCGGGUGCUGGUCUUUGUGCAGUUCGAAGAUUUGUUCGCCAAAACAAGGGAGGCGCUUGAGGCUUAUGGGAUCAAGACGGCUGUUGUAGAGGGUACAGCCAAGCAGAAGGGCACGACGUUGCACAAUUUCCAGGACCCCGACAAUCGUAGCCAUCGGGUGCUGUUGCUGCAGGUGACGGACAAGUCGGCAUCCGGUUAGUGUCUCAUGUCAAUAUGUUUUCGGCAACAGUGGACUAACAUGGCCAUUGUCGUGCGGCAUAGGUGCGAAUUUGACCGUGGCGAACUGGGCGUUCUUCGUCUCGCCGUUGCACACCGACACUACGCAAGAGUACAAAGCCUUCGAAACGCAAGCGAUCGGCCGUAUUCGUCGGUGAGUCACUGUCGCCCCAUGAUUGUUGCUCGAGUAGCUCUCUGAGGUUGGCUCUGCUCCCCUUGCACAGCUACGGUCAAACCAAAGCCGUCAGCAUCUUCCGCUUGUUGACUCGCUCCACGAUCGAUGUGGAGACUUUCGAGCAACGUACCGGCAAGAUCGUCGAAGAACUCAUGGCCGAGCAAGAGCCGCUCGAGUUGAGCGAUGUCGCUCACCCCAAGACCCAGGAGUUCGAAGAGAUGGUCGCUGAAGUGAGUGAUCGAUCAAAAUGUUGCUCGUGGACCCGAGCUUACCUUCAUCCUGCGCUUUGCCUGAGCAGAGGAGUCGUGGCGGUGGAAAUUGUGCCAUCGCUCCCCUCGUGACCAAACAAGUCAAGAAAGCCAGGCCCGUCGCCGCGCCCAAGAAGUCACGAAGCUCCACGAACAGCAAGGGCAAAGGCAAAGCGCGACGAAACAGUUUCAGCGAAGACGACCUAUCCGACCUAUCCGACCUACCGGCCAUCGUGCUCUCGGAUGAUGACGUACCCGACGUCGAUAGUGAAGCCGACCAAGCCGAUCUUGAGAGCUUGUUGGUUGGGACUAGUAGGCCGUCGAGCUUGAAGAAGAGGACUACGGCUUCGUCGGUGACGCGACGACGAUCGACGGUCGCUUGGUCUGAUCAAGUUGUCGAUGAUGAGGAUGACGUAGAUGACGAUGAGGAACCUAUCUCGUUGAGCAGUAGUGUGAGUUUGAAUUUGCUCCAGUCUAAACCUUCUUUCGUCCUGAUCCGAAGUCUUGACUCGGUUCCGCAGCGACGGAGUAGCGGCAGACUUCGUCGGCCGGCCAUCAAAAGCCGAGCAUCGAUCACUCUGUUGGAUGGCGAGAAUGACACCAUGGAUGAAGAUGAGCCCGAGGCCCGACCGCCUAUGGUCGAUUCGCCUGCUACGGCCAAAGUUCCCGUGGCCAAGUCCAAAGUUCCUGCCAAGCGACCUCGCGGAUCCGACGCCGCCAGCAGCAGUUCAUCACCGGCGACAGAGGCCUCCGCACCGAGGGCCACUCGAAGCACUCUGGACAAGACAACACCUUCUCGACCAACGAAGAGGCGACAGACGUUCGAGCUCGUAGUUCCCUUCCGCAGACUGCCGUCGUCGCCGGUCAAGAGUCAAGACGCUGCGCGCCUUACAUCGUCCCCCAUCAAGUCAUCCAGUGCUCUUGUUCAAACCUUGAGCGUUAACCUACUCCAAGCUCCUGCGAUGCUGAAAAGGCCAUCAACCUCAGGGACCCCCGAAACGGCGACUUCGGUGGCUUCGGCUCCCGAAUCGCCGGAAGAGAUGGCCGAAGCCGAGGCGCUUGACAAGAUCGUCGCUGAGCGUCAGGGGUUGAGGACGGAUUCUUCGAUGACCGAAGGGGAAGCGGAGCUGUGGAAGGGCAUGUAG